AUGAUUGCAAAAUUUUACGAUCGGUUAUCUUCUAACUAUACUCAACUUUUAGAAAAUAGUGACGAAUAUAAUGUUAUUAUUAAUAUUGGAAAAGUAGAAACACAAUCUUUCAAGGCACAUUCAAUUAUUUUACAAUAUCGAUGUCCAUAUUUUUAUCAACAAUUGAAAGAUAUAUCACCUAAUAUUAACAACAUUAAAGAAAUUAAUGAACCAGAUAUUACCAUUAAAGUUUUUGACAUUAUAAUUAA